AUGAACAGGCACGGAGCCUACACAAAUGGCUACCCAGCCAGCUGGAGAAAGGAUGAUGACCCAUACGAUCCCGAAGGUCGUAACGGUCCUUGGAUUGGAAACAAAGAGGAUAUAAUAGACGAUGAAAAAGAUUCAUGGGAUCACAAGUGGAAAGGCCAACGACAUCCACAGAGCAGUAGGAGGAAGCUUUUCAGGAAUCUCGGUAUACUCGCGGUAACGGCGAUCCUCCUUUUCUGGUUCAUGAGCCCGACAGACUCAAUAUCAUGGUCCUCAGAUUCAGCACUAGCCAUCGAGCUCGAUGAAAUCGAAACUGUGCGGUAUUACGACCUGGAGGAUGUUCAAGGCUCUAAACAUGGUUGGGACCGAGAAGAGAGAGUUUUGCUUUGCACCCCGUUGCGGGAUGCUUCUAUGCACUUGAACAUGUUCUUCAGUCACCUGCGAAACCUCACCUAUCCUCAUCACCUAAUAGACCUUGCCUUCCUCGUGUCGGAUUCGAAAGACGAUACUGAAGAGAAUUUACAAAGACACCUCGAGCAGUUGCAGAAUGACCCGCAGGCUGGAAUGGCUUACGGGGAAAUAUCCAUCAUCCAUAAAGAUUUUGGUCAAGCAGUGGGUCAAGAUGUUGAAAGUAGACACGGUUUUACUGCUCAAGCACCGCGCCGGAAGUUAAUGGCAAGAGCAAGGAAUUGGCUGCUCAGCGCUGCUUUGAGACCAACCCACAGUUGGGUUUACUGGAGAGAUGCCGAUGUGGAAACGUGCCCCUUUACUGUUAUCGAGGAUCUCAUGGCGCACGACAAAGAUGUGAUCGUGCCAAAUGUCUGGAGACCACUUCCCGAUUGGCUUGGUGGUGAACAACCCUACGACCUGAAUUCGUGGCAAGAAUCCGAGACUGCCCUUGGCCUUGCCGAAACCCUUGACGAAGACGCCGUGAUUGUAGAAGGAUACGCAGAAUAUGCUACCUGGCGGCCUCAUCUUGCCUACCUUCGCGAUCCCUACGGUGAUCCCGAUGUCGAGAUGGAGCUAGAUGGUGUAGGUGGUGUGUCGAUUUUGGCCAAAGCACGAGUCUUUCGAGCAGGUGUCCAUUUUCCCGCUUUCUCUUUCGAGCGCCAUGCCGAGACAGAAGGGUUCGGCAAAAUGGCCAAGCGUAUGCAAUACUCAGUUGUCGGUCUACCUCACUACACCAUCUGGCAUUUAUACGAACCUUCCGUCGAUGAUUUGAAACAUAUGGCGGAAAUAGAGAAGGAAAAGCAAGAUCGUGAGAAGCAAGAAGCGGACGAGAAGGAGAGAAUGAAGAAGGUUAAAGAGGAGUUCAAGGACAUCAGUGACCAAUGGAGCAAAGACAAGCAAGCUCUUCAGGAAGAAGAGAAUCAGGAGCUGCAAGAAAAGCUUCAGAAGGUCCGCGACAGGGCCAAGCCUAAAGACGCUGAAAAGAACUAG